AUGAUUACUGAAAAAGCUUACGCUACUACUACUACUACUACUACUACUACUACUACUACUACUACUACUACUACUACUACUACUACUACUACUACUACUACUACUACUACUACUACUACUACUACUACUACUACUACUACUACUACUACUACUACUACUACUACUACUACUACUACUACUACUACUACUACUACUACUACUACUACUACUACUACUACUACUACUACUACUACUACUACUACUACUACUACUACUACUACUACUACUACUACUACUACUACUACUACUACUACUACUACUACUACUACUACUACUACUACUACUACUACUACUACUACUACUACUACUACUACUACUACUACUACUACUACUACUACUACUACUACUACUACUACUACUACUACUACUACUACUACUACUACUACUACUACUACUACUACUACUACUACUACUACUACUACUACUACUACUACUACUACUACUACUACUACUACUACUACUACUACUACUACUACUACUACUACUACUACUACUACUACUACUACUACUACUACUACUACUACUACUACUACUACUACUACUACUACUACUACUACUACUACUACUACUACUACUACUACUACUACUACUACUACUACUACUACUACUACUACUACUACUACUACUACUACUACUACUACUACUACUACUACUACUACUACUACUACUACUACUACUACUACUACUACUACUACUACUACUACUACUACUACUACUACUACUACUACUACUACUACUACUACUACUACUACUACUACUACUACUACUACUACUACUACUACUACUACUACUACUACUACUACUACUACUACUACUACUACUACUACUACUACUACUACUACUACUACUACUACUACUACUACUACUACUACUACUACUACUACUACUACUACUACUACUACUACUACUACUACUACUACUACUACUACUACUACUACUACUACUACUACUACUACUACUACUACUACUACUACUACUACUACUACUACUACUACUACUACUACUACUACUACUACUACUACUACUACUACUACUACUACUACUACUACUACUACUACUACUACUACUACUACUACUACUACUACUACUACUACUACUACUACUCACACUACUACUACUCACACUACUACUACUCACACUACUACUACUACUACUCACACUACUACUACUACUCACACUACUACUACUACUCACACUACUACUACUACUACUCACACUACUACUACUCACACUACUACUACUCACACUACUACUACUACUACUCACACUACUACUACUCACACUACUACUACUCACACUACUACUACUACUACUCACACUACUACUACUACUCACACUACUACUACUACUCACACUACUACUACUACUCACACUACUACUACUACUCACACUACUACUACUACUCACACUACUACUACUACUACUCACACUACUACUACUACUACUCACACUACUACUACUCACACUACUACUACUCACACUACUACUACUACUACUCACACUACUACUACUACUACUCACACUACUACUACUCACACUACUACUACUACUACUACUACUCACACUACUACUACUACUACUCACACUACUACUACUACUACUCACACUACUACUACUCACACUACUACUACUACUACUACUACUCACACUACUACUACUACUACUCACACUACUACUACUCACACUACUACUACUACUACUACUACUCACACUACUACUACUACUACUACUCACACUACUACUACUACUACUACUCACACUACUACUACUACUACUACUCACACUACUACUACUACUACUCACACUACUACUACUACUACUACUCACACUACUACUACUACUCACACUACUACUACUACUCACACUACUACUACUACUCACACUACUACUACUACUACUACUACUCACACUACUACUACUACUACUACUCACACUACUACUACUACUACUGCUACUUUUACUUCUUCUCAAUCUACUGCUACUGGCACUACAGCUGCCAAUGCCACUUAG